CCACAACUGCUGCUCCAACCACCACAACAACACCUGCUCCAACCACUACAACAGCUGCUCCCACCUUAACAACUACUUCUCCUACAACAACAGCUGCUCCUACCACAACAACAGCCGCUACAACAACAACAGCAGCUGCUUCGGCUACAACGACUGCAGCUCUAACUACAUCAACUGCUGGUUCAACAACAAGGGCUCCUGCUCGAGUAUUUGUAAUUGAAGCAAUUAUUACUGAACCAUAUGUUGAAGAGCUUGAUAACAGAAGCACUCCACAGUUUAAGGCUCUUGAGCAAAAAGUCACAGCAACUUACGACAUAAUCUACAGGACAGAGUUUGGAGAUAUCUUUAUCCGUAGUUUUGUCAUUAGAUUCCUUCGUGCUCCAGCCACUACACGAAUGAGCAACACUGAAGCAGAGAUGGGUUUGGAGUUUAAUGAAACCACACCAAUGCAGAACCUUCCAGAUGAUGAAGCUGUAAAAAACACCUUAAUAGAGGCAAUAAACUCGACUACCUUUAAUGUAUCGUUCGUAGCUGACUCCGUCAAUGUUACACGCACACCUCUGCCAAGCACCACAGCAACAACUAACACAACUACUGCAGCUCCAAACAAAACAACAGCUGCUCCCACCACAACAUCUGCUCCCACCACAACAACAGCUGCUCCCACCAAAACAUCUGCUCCUACCACAACAACAGCUGCUACCACCACAACGACUGCUGCUCCUACCACAACAACUGCUACUACUGUGGAGGCAACAGUAACAAAACGACUGACUUUUAGGUCUGCUGGUGAGACCUUCACAAAUGAUUUGCUAGACUCCUCGUCUGCAGCGUUUCGAAAUCGAGCUCAACUUCUGAAGUCCAACCUUGAACCAGUCUAUCGGCGAUCGUUUUCUUCAUUCCGAAACUUGUUUGUGAUUUCAUUUAGCAACGGGUCAAUCAUCAACAACAUUGACCUCAGGUUUGCAGCAGCAUCAGCCCCUAAUGGCACUCGGAUAUCAGAGGUUUUGGUCAAUGCAGCUUCAAACAUCACAGAUUUCAACAUUGACACAAGUUCCAUUUUUGUGGAUGGCACACAGGUGUCAAGUGGAGUAAACCACAAUAUGAGCCUCAUCACUGCACUCUGCAUGGUCUUGCUCUCAUGGCUUCUCUCAAGCCAGCAAUAAAGUCUCUGCUGGAUUCCUGGGAAUGAAGGAUGCUGUCCUGAUUGGAAACCAAGAAUUAAACAUAAAUUUAAACGUUUAAGUAUUUAUUGAUUUAUUGAUACCAUAGAACAAUAGUUCUUGCAAUUAGAAUGCCAGCCUAUCCAAAUAUGUUGGUGAAGUUUGUGACAGUAACAUAAAUAAUCAUCCUUAAAUGUAAACAUUAAGAUAAUUUCUUAGGGAUUGUUUAGUUUCAAGACUUUUCAUGCAAUCCUCAAUAUUUCUCCCUUUUUGAUCAAUGCAAAGUAAUUCAAACCAAAGUGGUCUGUGUAAUGCCCUCCAUGAUUGUCUGUUGAUCUUUCUCUUUUUAUUGUAUUUACAUUACAAAUAUAUUCUGUAUCUAUAAUUUGGUCAAAUAUAGUGCAAACUUUUCUGUAUAACAACAUAUAUUAUGAAGCAAAUGAGAAAAAAAAUGUUUGAUCAUGUUUAUAAAAUAUGUAACUUUAUUAAAGGAAUAUAUUUACACAGAUA